CACAGAGAGACAGUCAAGAACCGCUAUAUAAAUAGGCUACAGACUUAGUUUGGCUUUACACGCUGAGCUACACAAGAACCAUCUGAAGACCAUCAACACACAGACACAGGACAAGACAAGAGCCUCUCUGAAUCCAAGAUGCGGUCGUUCAGAAUGCCUCAACAGACCUUGAAUAAUUUCUACUCAGGGGGUGAAAGCCAGCAGCAGCAGCAGCAGCAGCAGCAGCAAGGCAUCAACUAUGGUGAAUUAAUCUUACCUGAAAACCAGCAACAACAAGUACAACAGCAUGAUUCAAGCCUCGAUGAAUUAGGCCUAUUGGUGGACUAUUCACCAUCAUCAUGGUCAGAUCUACCCCUUGAUGAAAUUAUUGACUUUGAUGAAUUAGUAAACAUACCUUCUCAAGCAAUACUCAACGAUCAAGACAAUCACUCAGUAGCAGCAGCAGUAGCCUCAGUAGGUUGCCACGCAGUGACUGAGCCGUCGACAUUGUCACAGUCACUUCAGUCAACCAUUCAUGCGCAACCAACACAGCAGGCGCUGCAUCUGUAUCAAUCAAGCAUUCAGCUACCACAACCACCACCACCACCGCCGACAGAACUGACACAACCAACACAGCAGGCGCUGCAUCUGUAUCAAUCAAGCAUUCAGCUACCACAACCACCACCACCACCGCCGACAGAACUAGCACAUGUAACGGUUCCACCCAUAGUCAUAUCUACGGGGGGUUACGUGCAGACAACUGAGCCUACCGAGACUGACGUGUCUGAUGACGUCGGAGCCAGUCUGGGGAACCCUGAAGUAUCGCAUAGGCCAGACACACAGGAGACGCACAAGGCCAGCCUGAAUCUACAACCAUUGACUACUAUAUGCCACGGAGAUGUGAUUGAUCAAAACAAUCUGAACACUCCUGACAAGACUCAGAUACCUUCGACAUCCUCGCAGCCGGCUAAAAGAACCAGGAAACGUAAACACACGAACACGGAUUCAAGUAUUCCUGAAGAAAGGUCAACUGUGGCCAGUGCAGGGCCACUGCAAGAUCUACAACAAUUCACAACUAACAUCAGAGCAUAUUGGCCCCAGCGAGCAUCGGGAGUCAACAGCAGCAGCAGCAGCAGCAGCACCAGCAGCAGCACCAGCAGCAGCACGUCGACCAAUGUGGGGAGAAAGGUGAUAACACCAAAGAGUAAACGAGGGGUCGGAAAGGGGAAAAAUUUGUGGUGGAAUAGAUCUACCCAAUCGCAUGAGAAUAAUGUUUCUAGACAACAGUCACAACAACAACAACAACCACGACCCUUACAGCAACACAACAUCAAUGUGAUGCCGGUUGUGAAAAAACCUAAACACAAAUUUGUAUCUGGGAUGAAAGAUUUACGCACGCUGGUUCAGACUGACAAAAAACCAACAGGCAAUCACGUAGCAGUCCAAACAGAUUCCCACAGAAUCACACAGUCGUUUAGCACCGAGAGAGCUGUCAAGCAAAUCCUAGCCAAGAAUAUUGAAAAUCGUUCUAUGUUAUCAGAUGUCGGAAAAUAUGCUAAUGAUGUGUUGACAACACCUCUUCAGGACAUAUUGAACUCUAUACAGAACAACCUGGCAAUCAUCGCAACAGCCAAUAUGAACAACUGUGACAUAAACGAUGAUAUGGUACCAGCCACAGGAUUAACAGUCGAUAAAAUUCUCAGAUUCAUGCCUAGAUAAUAAUAAGAAUGCAGGACUAUUAUCUACAACGAUUCAGUGUAUCGCAAUCCUUUUAGUAGUCUGGUUCUACGUAAAAUACUUUUGAGAAAUUGUGUAGAAUUAUUGACUAGUUUUAU